GGCAGCCAUGUCCCGACCCGGUGUGUUUGGUGCGCGGAGAGCGGAGAGGAUCGAGAGACUACAUAGAGGACUGGAUUGGAGAGUGAGAAGUUUAGUGCGAAAAUACGGAUCGUGUGCACACCUGAUCCCAGACACGCUGCUAUUGGCAACCGACAUGAUUAAAAACCACUCUGCAGCGUGGCAAGGGUAUUGUACUGAGAGUGAGCUGCUGCGGCCCGAGCUGCUGCUGCAGGCUCUCCGCGUGAACGCACCGGAUGAGAUGGACUGGUGGCGGAAUGAGGACCAGGCAGCGAAGAACAGAUGGAUGAGUAACUACCGACCAAUGGGUACCUACCAGGAGACCCGAGAGUAUUUGGAGCGGCAAAUAAACACUAACCUGCAUGAGCUGCUCCAUCGAGGACUGCCAGAGAUGGACGCCGCGUCCGUGGACGCCACGGCCGGCCUCUGGCGCCGCCGGCUGCAGCAGCUGCUGUCCGGUGACCGACUGCGUACUGCUUAUGACGCCGUCACCGGCUGGUGGCCGGACCGAUGGGAGAUGAUGCCCUAUUACCUGGCGGUGGACGAGACCGACUCGGAAGACUCGGAGCAGGAUGACGACGGCGGAGAGACCGGUGGCCAGGAGCGGCGUGACGCAGACGAGGGGCAGACAUCGGAGGGUCUGCCUCGCCUUCUGCGAGAGAAAUGGCAGCAGCUGGAGCGACAGCACCAGCAGCUGUGGCAGGAGCUCGAGCCGCGGGGCUACGGGGAGAGGAGGAGUCUGAACGAGCAACAUGAUGAGGAGUGCCAGCGUCUGGAGCGACAUCAUGAUGAGAUGUGGUGGCAAAUGAAAACGCGGCACCAUGAGGAGCGAAAACGGCUUCAUCAGCUACACGACAGUGCUGUCAGGUGCGUGAAGCUUCAGACUCAGGGACAGUUGCAGCUCCUUGUAGAGAAACGUCAAAGGCAGACUGAGUUGCUGAAUCGGAGGAAACGUAGGCAAUGUGCAGUGCUGGAGCGAAAGAACCAAAGCGAGUGGGACGACCAGCAGCAGGAGUUCCAGAAGCAGUGGAACAAAAUGAAGCAGAGAUACCGACGAGAAACACAAGAGCUGGAGGAGAGAUACCCGAACAUCCGGACAGGGGAGGAGCUGGAUCGGCUGAUGGAGGAGUGCAGCAGGAGGCGUCAGCGGCUGGGGAAGGAGCUGGAGAAGGAGCUAGAAAAUGAGGAGACACUUGCACGAGACCUCAAGAAGCAGGAGGAGCAGCAGCAGCAGCCCGAACAGCAUCAUCAGCAGGAAGAACAGCAGCAAAAGCAUCAGCAUCAACAACAACAGCGGCAGCGGCAGAAGCAGAAGCAACAGCAAAAACAACAACAACAGCAGCAGCAGCGGCAACAACAAGAACGGGGACGGCAGCCAAACCGGCACCUUGAGCACCUCCGGAAUCUCAUAGAGGCGACGCGAAGACACCGCCAGCAGCUCAUCCAGCUCCAGGACCGGCACAACCAGGAACUGGAGGAGCAGAGGAGACGUCAUCGGCAGGAGAGGAAUGAUCUGGAGCGGCGCCUCGGCUGUCGGUGGAACAAGCAGGAGCGGCGCCACGGAAAGUGACCGACGAUAUCAGCGGAGUCGCGGACCAUCCCGAGGAGGCGCCACUAGGGAGAACAAGUCGAGGAACAGAUAUAUGCUUACAGUGUCAGACAAGUUCAGAAUGUGUCGACUGUGCAGAUAUUUGAAAAAGGAAAUGAAAACAUUCACAAAUAAUAUGGUAUGUAUGUAUGUAUGUAUGUAUGUAUGUAUGUAUGUAUGUAUGUAUGUAUUGACACCAAAAGCCUUCCACAUAUGGCGUGGCGAUUGGUAUAUCAUUACCGUUUCACUGAGACCGGGAAGUUACAAAUCGAUAGGUUUUAGACAAAUAGGUAGGUUUUAGGUGAGUUUUGGCAUCAUUAUGUACAAAAUGUGGAUGUUUGAUGUUCAUCACGUGUAAAUAGUUGUAUACCUACCUAUUCGAUGUGUUACAGGGUGGCCUUUGUUGUUAUACAAGUACAAACUGUUGUUCAAGGAUGUUUAUUGAAAUGGGCUUAGUGAGUAAUUACUGUUGUUAAUAGGCUUCAUGUUUUUUAUGAUACAUGUCAUGUGUAAUGUGUUUUCUCGUAAAGGCUGUUAUACAUUAGGAGGCAUGUACGGAACGGUACAUUCAUACACAUCUGUACCGAACCAUUACAUGGUAACAAUUGCGUGUGGUGGCCACUGGAUGUAGUGUAAAUAUAAUACCAGUAUAACGCC